CAGGGACUGAGUACUGUGAAAUAUUAACCCCUUGUUUGCAGUCGGAUUGUUACAAAGGCAGUCGGACAAUUUGAAAAAAAAUAUUUCGCGCAAGCUUACUUACUGCUCGUUGAUGCAAACCAUUUCUUUCUUUUAUUUCUCGUCCCCUUUCUCGAAUGUAACUUUUCCACUCAGUUUCUGUAGCAUCUCUCCCUGAUUCUCAUUUAACGGGUUAACUAAAGCGAUAAUGAUCAAGCACGUCACGCCACCUGGCGGAAGCCGGUAACACCUACUGCUGCACCGGACUAUUUUAUUAGCGCAUUAAUCUUCAUUGUCCUGUGUCUUUAUGAAGCUUCCUUUCCGUGUGCCACCAUCUCCGCCAUCGUUACAGUCCACGUGUCUCGGGAAUGUUGUAAAUUUUGUUUCGAUUUUGUGUCACGUGUUCGAUUCCACUUGUGAGAAAGUCUCAAAUGUCCUGUGAACACUAGGAUUUCAAUAAAUUUCAUUUACUAAAACGCAGUUUAUUUUGUUUAAAGGACAAAAAUUAAGACAAGUUUUAUGUUCCAAAAAACCCGAAGCAGAUGUAUAUUUUAGACAAUUUUAGUCCCACAAGAACAAAGGUAAAUAAGAUGUUUGACGAGGCCGCUGGACCAGUCAGUAUGUCACUCCUGCAAAGUUAAGAAGGUAACACCUUGAGGACCACUCUGAUGUGGAUAAAAGAUGUCUGUAAACAUUGUCAGCUGCACAGAACUGCUCGACUUCUGCUUGCUAAGAAAUAAAGUUGUACACCUCAGGUCAGCUGACGGGAGUAUAAACGUUGGCAAACCGUUGUCCUCACGAUGGCCUUUUUAAGAGCAAGCAGACAACAUCGUCGUCUCCUCCUGGCCAUGGUGUGCGUGGGGGCAACCAUCAUCUUCAUCAGUGUUUGUGGACCUUCGCACAUCAGUCGACAGAGGCAGCCAUUUGAUGGUGGACUUCUCACCUCCAGCAGUCUGUUCACGGAGAAUUCUCUGACAGACGCGAGACAACCACCCAACUCUAGAGGCCUCCAGUCGGAACGAGAGGGCAAGACUUUUCCAUGGAAACAAUACAAAGCAGAGGAAGUAGACUGUGUCAAACUGUUUGCUGGAGAUCGUGAAGAGCUCAAUCGUUCCAGGCUGCUUGAGGAACAGCUACCUCCCCCUCCGACGGAGGAGGACAUUGUCAAGUUGACAAACAACUGCGAGGCCUUUCAGCAGGAGUACGGGUUCAUCAUGAGCUCUCUGACGGAGGAGGAAAGAAACUUCCCCAUUGCCUACAGCAUGCUUGUUUUUAAGGAUGCUCCGCAGGUAUUGCAGCUGCUGCAGGCCGUCUACCGGCCUCAGAACGUCUACUGCAUCCACGUGGACAAGAAGGCGGCUCCGUUGUUCCGUGACGUCAUGUCCGCCGUAGCGGACUGCUUCGACAACGUGUUUCUGGCUUCACAACGGAUUGAUGUAAAAUGGGGAACCUUCACUGUGCUGGAGCCAGAGCUGGUGUGCAUGCAGAAUCUGUUGCCCUUCAAGAAAUGGAAAUAUUUCAUCAACCUGACGGGGCAGGAGUUUCCGCUGAGAACCAACUUUGAGCUUGUUCGUAUUUUAACGGCGUACAACGGCGCCAACGACGUAGAAGGAACUGUGAAAAGGGCCAACAAGGACAGGUACACGUCAGCAGGUCCCCCUCCUCACGGCACUGUGCCAGUAAAGGGUUCAGUUCACAUCGCCGUCAAUCGCGACUUCGUCAACUUUAUUCUUCACAAUCCAGUCGGCCAAGACAUCCUUAACUGGACUCGAGGAGUCCCACAUGCCAGUGAAGAGUUCUUCUCUUUACUCAACCACAACCCGCAUCUUGGCAUCAGAGGCUCUUAUAAAGGAACACCUGAAACGGAUCCAGUUACGAAGCCAUUUUUAACUCGGUACAAGAACUGGGGAACUUACCCCUUCAAGUAUCCGUGCGCCGACGGGAAGUGGAUGCGACAGAUCUGUAUUCUGUCCACGGGGGACCUGCCUUUACUGGACAAGCGCCCAGAGAUGUUUGCCAACAAGUUCUACCAGGACUACAGUCGUGUGGCACUGGAGUGUCUACAUGAACGACUGUACAACCACACGAGGGACGAGUUCUUAGGCAUGAUGGAGUUUGAUACAAGUUAUUAUCGAAACUUAUCUUUCGUCAAAAAUAUGGUGACUGUGGAGGAGUCCAAGAAGACAUUUUGAAGCUGACGAGUGCAACAUGGGUUCUUUUUCUUGUCAGAUCGCAUUAGUUCAAAGAGAGCAAGCAAACAACAUAGGUUACAACAUUCGUUUGGCCUAUAACCAACAUGAUGAUGUAGGAGUAAAUCACGGAGCUUGAGGUUAACUACAAGUUAACUAGAGGUUAAUUCCUUGUUCAGCUCUAACUUGUCUUCGUCUUUAGUCGCGGGUCAAGAGGACUGAGAUGAACGCAUUGUGUCCAGUGUCCUCAUAUAAACAAUAUAAAAUAAUAUAAAGAAAAAGCCAAAAUCAACGUGCAUUUAGUAAAUAUUCUAAGACUGCACACAUAUCGUUCCUGUCAACGAUUUAGAUGAGAAAAAAUAUCUAAAUCACAUAAACAAAACAAUAGUUAAAUGUCAGAAUACAAUCAACCAGUGAUCUAAGCAGUUAAUAUCUGGUGGUUAGAGACCCUCGUUUGCUUUACUGGGAGAAAUAUUGUAAUGUUCGACUGACAAACUGUUAUCCGGUGAAAAGUGAUACACAGGGAGUAUACAUGAAGUCUGCUUCUUAACUAUUUGACUUACUUGUCGUUUUAUCAUAUUUAUUUUAAGAAAAUGCAAGCAUAAUAAGGGGUAGACAGACCGCGAUCUCUAUUCACCAUAGUUUUAUUGUGGUUUUAAAAAAUGUCGACUACUUUCGACUACCUUUAGUUGACUCUCUUUCCCUGACAACACGAGGAAUCGGAGGUAGGUGGGGACGAGGUAAGGUAUCACUGAUAGAGUGUAAGGGAAGUGUGUAGAAGCAUAAAGUCCGACCUGCCGCAUCCUAAGAUGCACACAGAUUAUGCACGAAGUCAUUGUAAUAUUGUAGGUGAGAAAAAUACAAGUGUAAAAAUGUUUAUUCAAAUCAGCCAAGGAUCGAGAACUAGCUGUAGGAUGCGACUACAAUCUCCCACUUGUCUGGCCCAUUCGGUAAAAACAACAACAAAAGAUGUAUCGGCCAUCUUCCUCUCGUCAUAAAGUCCACAAAGCCACCUUACCUACCUCUUACAUACCUGUAUGAUUGACUUACUGUUGAACGACUUGCCAAAGUGCUCUUGUCAAAGUUGUUCCAACUAGUUGCCUCUCACGAUGGCCAUAAAAUGGCUGUGUAGCUGUGGAGGUUGGGGAAUAAAGCACGGUUAAUUUGUUUUAUAGUUUUAGUCAGGUGUUUCAGUUCACAUAUCCAUUACACAAUACUUGAAAACAGGCAUACCAGCACUACCACCGCCACAACCAUCACCAUCACCAACAUUUUGAUAUUCCUCAUUCUCAUCAGAUAAUUUAGCUUUUACAAUGAUCUUUACUCUUGUUGUAGAUGUGGUAAUGUGGUUACUGAAGGUUGGUGAUAAGAUGAUAAUAAUGUAAUUUUGCUUAUAACUGUCAACUAUGGCGGCAGCCUCCUGUCCAGUUCACACUGUUUAUUGUAGUAAACUGUAUAAAUAAACUAUAGACGACU